AUGGCUGUCAGAAAACGUUUCGUGAACCCCUUUGCGCGCAGGGAGUCCGAGAAAUCUGCGACUGAUUCGCACGACAUUGAAACUCAUGAUGAUUCCAAGCCUCCCUUUGAAAAGCCGCAGGAGACCGACCAGUCUUCAGAUAAACAAAUUAUUGAUGAAAAGGCUCAGGCGGGUACUCAGAAAGCCCAAGCCAGUACCCAGGCUUGGACGAAGAAUACGUUGAUCGCAGCCUAUAUUCUUGUUUGGAUUGUCAAUUUCCUAGAGUACUUCAGCUCUGGACUCCUCGGCUCCUUAUCUCCUUAUAUCUACAGUAGCUUUCAGCUACACUCUUUGACGGGUCUGACGACCGUCAUCGCUUCAAUGAUAUCUGCUCUGAUCAAAUUCCCCUACGCAAAACUCAUGGAUAUUUGGGGUCGUCCACAAGCCUUCGGACUCGGCGUCGGAUUCCUAACCCUCGGACUUAUCAUGAUGGCCGCUUGCAAGAACGUGCAAACAUAUUGUGCUGCUCAAGUCUUCUAUCAAACAGGUUUCAGCAUGAUUGAUUUCUCCAUUACAAUCUUCAUUGCUGAUACCACAGCUUUGAAGAAUCGUGCGUUCUGGAUUGCGUAUGCGGCGUCUCCAUACCUUAUUACACCAUGGAUAUACGGCUACGCUGCGAACGAGAUUCUCGCUCCUGGUGGAAUCGGCUACCGAUGGGGCUUCGGUGUCUUUGCCAUCAUCAUGCCAAUUGUCAGUGCCCCGCUUUGGGGUCUGUGGUAUUACAUUCAGAAGAAGGCUGAGAAGAUGGGUCUGACAGAGAAAAAGAGCAGUGGAAGGACUUUCUUCCAAUCUGUUAUAUUCUACUGCAUCGAGUUCGACGUGAUCGGAUUGCUGAUUGUUGCCACUGGAUUUUCGCUUUUCUUGCUCUCAUUCAACCUGUACUCCUACCAGCCUGGGCAAUGGGCAUCCCCAAUGAUCAUCUGUUUCGUUGUCAUUGGUUUCAGCUUGAUUAUCACCUUCACCGUCUGGGAAAGAUACUUUGCUCCGGUGAAAUUCAUGCCAUGGGAGCUUAUUCAAAACCGUACUGUCUUUUUCACUUACUCCAUGGUGGUCUCGUUGUACCUCGCCUGGUACAUCUGGGACAAUUACUUCUAUUCCCUGCUACAGGUCUUGUUCUACCAAACUAUCCAGGAGGCAACAUAUAUCUCUAACAUCUACACCAUCGGCUCCUGUUUCUGGUGCCUUGUUUUCGGCGCCAUUCUCCGCUACAACGGCCGCCUCAAGCUAUGGGCCAUCUGCUUCGGUGUUCCUCUAACCAUCCUCGGAGUCGGCCUUAUGAUCAAGUUCCGUCAACCCGAUGGGAACAUUGGCUAUAUCGUUAUGUGCCAGAUCUUUGUUGCUUUUGGUGGCGGUACUCUCGUCAUAUGUGAGCAGAUGACUGUCAUGGCUGUUUCCGCUCAACGCAAUAUCCCUGCUGUCCUGGCCAUUGAAGGAGUGGUUGCGAAUAUCGGCAGCGCCCUUGGUGGUACUGUUGCGGUCGCGAUGUGGACUGGAAUCUUCCCUGUCAAACUGAGAUCUUACCUCCCUACAUCUGCUCAGGCGGACUUUACUACUAUUUACGGUAGUUUGGAAGUGCAGCAAUCUUAUGCGAAGGGAUCGGCAACCCGUGAUGCCAUCGACCAUGCGUAUGGUGACACUCAGCGACUCAUGCUCAUCACAGCCACUUGCCUUUAUCUUAUUACUUGGAUCUCUUGCUUCUUUUGGAAAGAUCUCAAUGUGAAAAAGAUGAAGCAGCAGGUGCAUGGAGUACACUUCUGA